AUGUCCGUAUUCAACACUGAUAGAUUGGUAGGAAAGACGGUCCUUAUAACAGGUGCAUCAGCAGGUAUAGGAGCAGCCACUGCCGUCCUGUUUGCCAAGACAGGUGCGAACCUCGUACUCCUAGCUAGAAGAGCAGAGAACCUCAAAGUUGUCAAAGCCCAGGCUGAAGAGGCAUACAAGGCUGUUGGUAAAGAGGGGAAAGUGUUGACUAUCGAGGCGGAUGUAAGGAAGUUUGAGGAUUUGGAUGUUAUUCCUGAGAAAGUGAAAGGGGAGGGAUUGGAGGUUGAUAUCCUCGUCAAUAACGCUGGUAUGGUCAAAGGUACUGAACAAGUCGGAGCCGACGCUGAUAUCACUCAGAUGUUCGAUACCAACGUCCUUGGUCUUAUUCACCUUACUCAAAUCUUCGUUAAACUAUUCAAAGCCAAACAAGCUGGUACAAUCAUCAACCUCGGUUCCAUCGCCGGUCGAGAACCGUACGCCGGAGGAUCAAUCUACUGCGCUACCAAACAUGCCUUAUCGGCUUUCAACGGAUCCCUCCUGAGAGAAUUGGUCAACACCCCCAUUAGGGUCAUUGAGAUCCAACCUGGUAUGGUAGAAACUGAAUUCUCGGUAGUGAGAUUUAGAGGUGAUAAGGAAAAGGCGGAUAAUGUUUAUAAAGGAUUACAACCUUUGGUCGCUCAAGAUAUUGCCGAAGAGAUCGUUUGGACAGCUUCUAGACCUCCUCACGUCAACAUUGCUCAAUUAUUCGUUCUUCCCGUCAACCAAGCUACCGCUACUCUCAACUAUAGAAAGUAG